CAACGCUAGCCUAGACAGAGGAAGAACUGCCCGUUAAUGGCGGCAGGGGGCGCAGAGGAGCUCAAGAGGAGCUCUUGCGACUGGGACGGCGUAGUGGCGGAGAUAGUGAAGAUAGAGAAGAGACUGUUCCCGAAGCACGAAUCGCUCGCGAGGACCUUCGAUGAGGAGCUGAGGAAGAAGAACGCCGGGCUGCUCUACCUGAGAGUUAACGGAGAAGUCGCAGGCUACGUCAUGUUCUCUUGGCCCUCCUCCCUCUCCGCCUCAAUCACCAAGCUCGCAGUGAAGGAUAGCUAUCAGAGGCAAGGCCAUGGAGAAGCUCUGCUCCGGGCAGCAAUACAGAAAUGCAGGACGAGGAACGUCCACCGGGUGCAGCUCCAUGUCGAUCCAUCGCGGUCUCCUGCUCUGAGCCUCUACAAGAAACUCGGGUUCGAGGUCGACAGCUUGAUCGACGGCUACUAUUCUUCCGAUCGGGAUGCAUACCGAAUGUUCCUGGAUUUCGACGGAGAUGGUUGAUUGAAUCAUUGGAAGUUUUGCCUGCUACCAAUCUUGAAUAUGAUCAUCGGAGAAUUGACUAGGUGAUAACCGUGCAUUAUGCUAUACUUUGUUGAUUUUCUUUUCGAGCAUUUCGUUCUAUUCAGCGGCAUUUCGACGAUAAACAUUAGUUGAAGUUGUCGAAUUCGACUCCAAUGGCAUGGAAAUGGAAGGAAAGCUCUAUAUGGGGAUGAGGAUUUGAUACUUAAGUUGAGGUUUGUGUUAUUCAUUAAAAAAAAAAAACAGAGAGAGAGUUUAGGUUUGUGUUCAAUAGAGAAUUGGGGAAAUUCUCAAGCAGUAUUUAGGAAGGGCAUGUUUAAUUUUAGAAAAUUAUUAUUUAUUUUCCUUUUCUAUA